AUGUCAGACUUUUUACAACAAGUAAUUCAUCCAGACUUUAGGUCUGAAGAUGUGGCGAAUGUGUUUUCUAACAAACCAUUGGGAAACCUUAACAGUGACUCUAACGAUAUUAAUCAGGCAUUUUUUGCGAUACAAAAAUUAUACCAAACACAACUAAGGGGCUUCUGGGAGCUAGCCAGUCUGAGACAUUAUAUCGAACAGAAGUUGGUACCAAGAGGUCUUAGACCUGACAUUUUACUGCCUGAUAAAGUGAAAACAGAAGAACAGGUUGCGGAAUGGAACUCCAUCCUGCUAGAUUGUUCGGCUAAAAUAAUGCAAUUUUUAAUUAAAUUGGAACAGGAGAGUCUAGAAAAAACCAACGGGGACUUAGACACGGAGAUUAAGAAAAUUAAGACAUUUGAAAAAGAACCAGAGUUUAUUGCUAUGGAAACAAAGUUAGAAAAGAAUUUGGAGAACUUUAAGAGGAAUAUAAGACAUAAAAAACAUUACAAAUUCCAGAGGGAUUUUAAAGACUUCCAGGAAGGAAAUAUCUUUAAAAAUAAAAACAAAACCAGACGUGACUUUAGAAACAACAGGUUGGGAAAGAAGGGUUUUUCCUCCUCUGAUGAAACAGAAUGGUCUGAAUCAGAAACAAGGCCUCGAUUUAAUAAAAGACCACUUCCCAAAAAGACUCAAUAUACAUCCACAGUUCAAACUAGAGGGAUCCUAAGAAAUACAGAUAGGAAUAUUUCCUUUUCAGAUCCCCCUGCCUUUGGCCCCACUUCAGACUCUAAUCCCAGACAAGAAGCCCCCUCAGGUUCAUCCCAGUCCUCCUCUACUUUUUUAGAUCAGGAAUGGCCCCAACCACAAAGGGCACGACUCAGAGACAGAAAAAAGUGGGGAUACAAAAUACAUCAGUCCAACUUCCAAUAG